AUGUGUGCUGUAAAAUAUCGCGCUACUAAUUCACCCUAUCACAUUGCAAUACUUGGUCGUUCGGGCGUUGGCAAGAGUUCUCUAUGUAAUUUGAUUCGUAAUCUAUCUCCUGAUCAUGAGGAUUCAUCUGCUGUUGGUGUCAUUGAAACAACACAAGCACCCACAUGCUAUAAAUUAUUUGAAAAUGUCUUCAUAUGGGAUGUGCCUGGCGUUGCAACGCCGUCCAUAGCUAAAGAUGAUUAUUGUAAAUUAAUUGAUAUAAAUCGUUAUGAUAUGUUUCUUAUAUUAUCCCGUGGACGUUUCACUGAAAUAGAUCUAUGGUUAAGUGAUAUUGUACGCGACCGCUUUAGUAAGACACUUUUUUUUAUUCGCACUGGUAUCGAUGAAGAAUUACGUAAUCAUCGUCGUGACUAUCCGACGAAUUUCAAUUCAACUGAAGUUCUCAGUACAAUUCGUCAUAAUUGUUUAACGAAUCUCGAAACAAAUCUAUCACUGUAUCUUAUUAAUACAAAAGAUAAAACUAAAUAUGACUUUCCAAAAUUGAUUGAUGACAUCAUGGUUCAUAUCAAUCAUGAACGAGAUAAUAGCAUGUUAACAUUAAUUAAAGGCGAUCCUCAACAACAGAUACUCCAAUCAACGUUAUCUCUUACUAAUCCAACAUUACAAACUGUAAAAACGAUUGCAAUCAAAUGGGCACGGUUUGGUUUAAUUUCAUAUUUAUACGAUCGAUAUUCAACAUCAUGA